AUGCCUCAGCGCAUCGGCGCGUGCGCAGUGCCCCCCGGGCGGCCCAUGCGGCCCUUGGGCUGGGUGCGCCUCCAGCGCUGCGCUGCGCCGCGCUGCGCAGCGGGGGAGGCCAUGGCGGAGCCGGCGCAGGCCCAGGCCCAGGCUCCAACCCAAACCCAGGCCCAGGCUCAGGCCCCGCAGCCCCGGAGCCUGCAGCCUCCUGCUCCGGCUCCGGCCCCGGCCCAGGCCGCAGCUCCUGCCCCCGGCCCAGGCCCGACCGCGGCGCCGGCGGGGGCCCCAGGGAGCGGGACGCCCGGGGCAGGGAGCGGGGCGCCCGGAGCCGGGGGAGAUCCAGCGCGGCCUGGCCUGAGCCAGCAGCAGCGCGCCAGCCAGAGGAAGGCGCAGGUCCGCGCGCUGCCGCGGGCCAAGAAGCUGGAGAAGCUCGGGGUCUUCUCGGCCUGCAAGGCUAAUGAUGCUUGCAAGUGUAAUGGCUGGAAGAACCCCAAACCUCCUACCGCCCCCCGUAUGGACCUGCAACAGCCUGCAGCCAACCUAAGUGAGGCCUGCCGGAGCUGUGAACACCCUCUGGCUGACCAUGUGUCCCACCUGGAGAAUGUAUCUGAAGAUGAGAUCAACAGGCUGCUGGGGAUGGUGGUGGACGUAGAGAAUCUGUUCAUGUCUGUGCACAAGGAAGAAGACACAGACACCAAGCAGGUUUACUUCUACCUCUUCAAGCUUUUGAGAAAAUGCAUCCUACAGAUGACACGUCCGGUUGUGGAGGGGUCAUUGGGAAGUCCACCCUUUGAGAAGCCCAAUAUCGAGCAGGGUGUACUGAAUUUUGUGCAGUUUAAGUUCAGCCAUCUGGCCCCAAGGGAGCGGCAGACAAUGUUUGAGCUUUCAAAGAUGUUCCUGCUCUGCCUUAACUAUUGGAAGCUGGAGACUCCUGCCCAGUUCCGGCAGAGGUCACAGGGUGAAGAUGUUGCCACCUACAAGGUCAAUUAUACCAGGUGGCUAUGUUACUGUCACGUCCCACAAAGCUGUGACAGCCUGCCCCGCUAUGAGACAACUCAUGUCUUUGGACGAAGCCUCCUUCGGUCCAUUUUCACUGUCACCCGCCGUCAACUGCUGGAGAAGUUUCGGGUGGAGAAGGACAAACUUGUGCCUGAGAAGAGGACACUCAUCCUUACCCAUUUCCCCAAGUUCCUGUCCAUGUUGGAGGAAGAGAUCUAUGGGGAAAAUUCCCCUAUUUGGGAAUCAGGGUUCACCAUGCCUGCCUCGGAGGGGCCACAGUUAGUUCCCCGGCCAGCCACUGUCAGUGCUGCAGCUGUGCCAAGUGCCCCGUUAUUCACCCAAAGCCUGGGUGGCGGCAGCAGCAGCUCCCUUGGCCUGGACCCUGGAGGGACAGAGCCCAUGCCAGGUGAGAAGAGGAAGCUUCCUGAGAACCUGACCCUGGAAGAUGCAAAGCGGCUUCGAGUAAUGGGGGACAUUCCCAUGGAAUUGGUCAAUGAGGUCAUGUUGACCAUUACAGACCCUGCGGCCAUGCUUGGGCCUGAGACCAGCUUACUCUCAGCCAACGCAGCAAGGGAUGAGACUGCUCGGCUGGAGGAGCGCCGUGGGAUCAUUGAGUUCCACGUCAUAGGAAAUUCGCUGGCACCAAAGGCCAAUCGGCGUGUACUGCUCUGGCUAGUUGGGCUGCAGAAUGUUUUUUCUCACCAGCUGCCCCGGAUGCCCAAAGAGUACAUUGCCAGGCUUGUGUUUGACCCGAAGCACAAGACAUUGGCCCUCAUCAAAGAUGGACGGGUCAUUGGGGGAAUCUGCUUCCGAAUGUUCCCCACCCAGGGCUUCACGGAAAUUGUCUUCUGUGCGGUCACUUCCAACGAGCAAGUGAAGGGAUAUGGGACUCACCUCAUGAACCACCUGAAGGAGUAUCACAUCAAGCACAACAUCCUCUACUUCCUCACCUAUGCGGAUGAGUACGCCAUCGGCUACUUCAAAAAGCAGGGUUUCUCCAAGGACAUCAAGGUUCCAAAGAGUCGCUACCUGGGUUAUAUCAAGGAUUAUGAGGGGGCCACGCUGAUGGAGUGUGAGCUGAAUCCCAGGAUUCCCUAUACUGAGCUUUCCCAUAUCAUUAAGAAGCAGAAGGAGAUCAUCAAGAAACUGAUUGAACGCAAACAGGCUCAGAUCCGGAAGGUGUACCCAGGGCUCAGCUGCUUCAAGGAGGGCGUGAGGCAGAUCCCCGUGGAAAGCGUCCCUGGCAUCCGCGAGACAGGAUGGAAGCCUCUGGGGAAGGAGAAAGGGAAGGAGCUCAAGGACCCUGACCAGCUCUAUACAACCCUCAAAAACCUGCUGGCUCAGAUCAAGACUCACCCCAGUGCCUGGCCCUUCAUGGAGCCUGUGAAGAAGGCAGAGGCUCCGGAUUAUUAUGAAGUCAUCCGCUUCCCCAUCGACCUGAAAACUAUGACGGAGCGUCUCAGGAGCCGCUACUAUGUGACUCGCAAGCUCUUCGUGGCUGACCUCCAGCGGGUGAUUGCCAACUGCCGAGAGUACAACCCCCCAGACAGCGAGUAUUGCCGCUGUGCCAGUGCCCUGGAGAAAUUCUUUUAUUUCAAACUAAAAGAAGGGGGGCUCAUUGACAAGUAGGGGGACCCUUGCUGAGCUUCACAACCUGCCUGCUACUUCCUAGCCCCCAACAUUGGGGCUCACUGACAAGUCGGGGGACCACCAGAGGGCUCCCCAACCUGCCCCCCUGACCUCGGGGGUUCACUGACAAGUAGGGAGACUCCACCAGGCUCCCAACCUGCCUCCUACUCUUCAGCCUCUUGACCUUGGGGGCUCAUUGCCAAGGAGAGGGCCCCCCACUGGGCUCCCUGACCUGACCCCUGACCUUGGAGGCUCAUCAACAAGGUUGGGGCCCCCAGUCUUUCUCAGUCCUCCUCCCUCCACCUUUAAGUUCUGAACUCAGACUCCCCCAGACCUUCCCUUCCACCUGUGGGAGGAGUAGGCAGAGGGGCUGCUCUUCCAUGACUGUCUUGGAAUCUUCCCCAUCACCACCACCCCUAGCGUAGGCUCUCGCCCUAACCCAGACCCCUCUUCCAUUCCCAAACCACAGUAUCGUGUCUGCCUCGAGAGGAGGAUGCAUCACAGUCAAAAGGUUCUCAGUCCAAGUGUGAGGGCCCUGCCGGAUGGGGCCCCUCUGCUCCGUGGCUCCCCUCCCCCGCGUCAGCUGGGUUCUUGGCUGUGGGGGCCAAGGGCUGACUGCUGGGGGGGUUGGGAAUGGGUAGGGCUGUCACAUGGGGGUGCAGCUUGGAUGUGGGGUGCCCAGCCCCUUCUCUGCACUGUCCGCUCCAGCCAUCAUCUCUUCCCUUGUAGGGAUUUGUUCCCUCUGCAUUUGCCCCACGUGGGGAACAAUAAAACAGGUUGUUGGUUUUUUUUUCCCCGA